GGGUUGGCAACUUCAGCAGCUGCUGAGGCGCGACUCACCGUCCGGUCCCGGAGAGAGCCGAAGGUUGCUGAAGCUAUUCUUUUCUAAAGAAUUAAUGGAGAGCAGAAAAGACAUUAUAAAUCAAGAAGAACUUUGGGAAAUGAAGCCUAGCAGGGACCUAGAAGAUGAUCAUCAUUUGACUAAGAACGUGGGAGAGACCAGCAUGCUGAAAAGACCUGUGCUUUCACAUUUGCAGCAAACAGCCCAUGUGGAUGGAUUUGAUUGCCCCUCAGAUAUUCAGCACAAGCAGGAACUCUUUCCAAAUUGGCACUUGCCAAUCAAAAUAUCUGUGAUUGUAGCAUCUCUGACGUUUUUGUACACUCUCCUGAGGGAAAUAAUUCACCCUUUAGUAACUUCACAUCAACAAUAUUUUUAUAAAAUACCAAUCCUGGUCAUCAACAAAGUCUUACCAAUGGUUUCCAUUACCCUCUUAGCAUUGGUUUAUCUGCCUGGUGUCUUAGCAGCAGUGGUGCAACUCCAUAAUGGAACCAAGUAUAAGAUGUUUCCACCAUGGUUAGCUAGGUGGAUGUCCACCAGAAAGCAAUUUGGACUUCUUAGUUUCUUUUUUGCUGUACUGCAUGCAAUUUAUAGUCUAUCUUAUCCAAUGAGGCGAUCCUACAGAUACAAGCUGCUAAACUGGGCAUAUCAACAGGUCCAACAUAAUAAAGAAGAUGCCUGGAUUGAGCAUGAUGUUUGGAGAAUGGAGAUCUAUGUGUCCUUGGGAAUUGUGGGUCUUGCAAUCCUGGCUGUCUUGGCUGUGACAUCUAUUCCAUCUGUGAGCGACUCUUUGACAUGGAGAGAAUUUCACUAUGUUCAGAGCAAGCUAGGAAUUGUUUCCCUUCUACUGUGUACAGUACACGCAUUGAUUUUUGCCUGGAAUAAGUGGGUAGAUAUAAAGCAAUUUAUAUGGUAUACGCCUCCAACUUUUAUGAUAGCUAUUUUCCUUCCAAGUGUGGUCCUGGUAUGCAAAACCAUACUAUUUCUGCCAUGCUUGAGGAAGAAGAUAUUGAAGAUUAGACGUGGUUGGGAAGAUGUCACCAAAAUUAAAGCAGAGAUGUCCUCCCAACUGUAGAAUUCCUGAUCAUCAAAUUUUAUUUAAUAUUGCUAUCUUUUACUAUAAACAUUUUCAACUUUUGUGUUUAUAAAUAAAAUGCUAAGCCCAAGGUCUUAAUGUAUCUCUUUGUAUAUAGGUGAUAAGUUUGAAAUGCAGUGACAUCUUUGUUCUAAAACCUGUCUUCAAAGUAAACUUGUUAGACAUUUUCCAGUGUGGUCUAAACCUUGUUUUACUCAGUUAAUUAAAAGUUCUCUUUCUUCA